AUGUUGCAGCCGUACGUUGCUUCGUGGUCAACUUGUCCCAGCUACGAAGCGGACUUGAGCUCUGUCUUAGUGAUAAAGCGAGAAGCAGCAGAACGGGAGGAGAAGUUCAAAUACCUCGAAAUCGUGUUUGCUGGUGAUGAAAAAUUUGAGGAAGAGAUCGGUAGACGGAUUGGAGUAGCCAGUGGCGAUCUGCUGGAUGGACUGCAGUGGCUGAAGCAGGGCUGA